AUGUCGGACUUGCUCAUAGAAAGACAGUAUCCGCCGCCCAAUGAUGAAGAGGUCACUGGUGAAGACAGGUUCUGCACUGAGCGAGCCGUCUACGCAGCGUUUCGGCACGCUUACGAAACCAAUCCAGAAUCCCUUCCUCGUUGUUACGGCUGGCGUCAGAAUAUCCCCCCUGACAGCAUGUUAGGCAACUUAGUGGCGGGAUAUGCCAUCCUGGUCACAGAGUUCGUGGAUGGGGCAUCCCUGGCGGGGAUGCCAAUUUCCAAAGAGCUCAAGUACGCGGCACUCCGCGCCAUGAUCGACGUGCUUGCUGCAGGUGUGGUUCACCUGGACAUCAAACCCGAACACUUUGUCAUCCGCCCCGUACCUGGUACUCACGUAGUGGUGAUCGAUUUCGAUUGUGCGAUGUAUGGCCCAGCUGCUGAACGAUGGUUGGGUAUCAGCAUUCAGCAAACCUGGAAUAUGAUGUCCAAUGUCGAACAAUACGACUGUUGA